GCCAAGUUACGCUCGGGCAGUUACGCUGGGUCUCUCUUGGGCACUCUUGUUCAUGGCAAAAGGCAUUGGUACCACCUCUGUCCACCCUUCCAGCAAGUCGGAGGAAAGAGUUCAUGAACCACCGAGUCCCUGCCCACAAGAGGUACCAGCCCACAGAGUAUGAACAUGCGGCCAACUGUGCCACCCAUGCUUUCUGGAUCAUCCCCAGCAUCCUGGGCAGCUCCAACCUCUACUUCCUGUCGGACGAUGACUGGGAGACCAUCUCCGCCUGGAUCUACGGCCUUGGCCUCUGCGGCCUCUUCGUGGUGUCCACCGUGUUUCACACCAUCUCCUGGAAGAAGAGCCACCUCAGGAUGGUGGAACACUGUCUACACAUGUUCGACCGGAUGGUCAUCUAUUUCUUCAUAGCGGCUUCCUACGCACCCUGGCUGAACCUUCGGGAGCUGGGCCCCUGGGCCUCCCACAUGCGCUGGCUGGUCUGGAUUAUGGCUUCCGUGGGCACCAUCUAUGUCUUCUUCUUCCAUGAGCGGUACAAGCUUGUGGAGCUUCUCUGCUACAUCGUGAUGGGCUUCUUCCCUGCCCUGGUCAUCCUCUCCAUGCCCAACACCGAGGGCAUCUGGGAGCUGGUGACCGGAGGGGUCUUCUACUGCCUGGGCAUGGUCUUCUUCAAGAGUGACGGGAGGAUCCCCUUUGCCCACGCCAUCUGGCAUCUCUUUGUAGCAUUUGGUGCUGGUACCCACUACUAUGCCAUCUGGAGGUACCUCUAUCUGCCCAGCACUCUGCACACCAAGGUGUCCAAAUGAGGUGACCCAGACUCCAGAGGUCACUUGGGCUUUAGGAGUGCAGCACCACAGGAAGCGUUUUUGCGAACGUUAACCCAGAGCACAGCGCGAAGGCCUGUCUUCCCUUCAUUGGGUAGAGUUCUUGAUGGCUCUGAGGUGACUUCUGGUGACGACCAGAUCGUCCCUCGAGUCCCCAGCGAGAAAGAAAGCAUUUAGCCAUUCUCACAGAGGAGAAAUUAACCCUGUAAUGUGUUUCUAUUUUAGAUGAGUGUUUCCUAAUACAAGCAACAUUAACAUCUUCAGAAAAGGAAGCAGGCGUGGUCCUGGAAAAUUGGGGAAUGACGGGCCAAUCUGUGUUUCAAAGGUCCUGAGGAAUCUGGCAAGGAGUCCUGUGGCUUGUUCAUACCUGGGUGGCCAGGGCCUCCCUCUCUGCUACCAAAGUCCAGGCUGGCGAAUUGUCUCCCGUUCAGGGAAAGGGGACAGCCCAGCUUGUAGAUGAGGGAUGGUGAAUGGCUGUGACCAUGGCAGACAUCACCAAUCAAGUGCAGCACGUGGGUGAUGUCAGAAUUCUUCCCAGCACUGUGUUCUGGGCAGCCAGUACCAAUCAAUUUGGCACUCAUGAUGCGACCUCUUUGCCCUUCCUGUCUGGUGUGCUCUGAAAUGGGAUCAUGGCCAGAGUAGCUGAAAAUCUCCAAAUGGGCAUUUGCAUGCCUAUCUCCUCAUCUCCCCUUCCCUUUUGGGAAGCUCCUGGAGUAGGCAGUUUGGGGGCAGUGGAGGGAAACUGAGGCACACACCCACGCAGCCCCUGAUGUUCUGUUCCACCGUAGUUGGUUCUCAGUACAGUUGGGGAUGAGGAUGCUGUUACUUGGCCAUUUCUUCCCAUCCCCAAAAAUCCAGAGACAUUACAAGAGCCAUUCAUUCAUAAGAUGGGGCAAACAGUCCCUGGGCACUUGCUCGCUGUUCCAUACUUAAGGUUUGUGAUCCCAACCUUUGGAUUCUGUCUUGGUGCCAAUCAGUGGCUGUUAGAGGCUACUCAGGUGUACCCCAAAAGGAAGGCACAUGGAUCUAGGGAGACUGUUCCAGGUCCCCUCAACCUCUGAAGUGCCCAGUACCCCAACAACAAGGCUUCUGGGGACCUGUUCUUCAGUCCCUGUCAGGGCGGGGCCAGCAUCUUUGUCCAAUGCUGCCUGGACAUUUACUGGGGAGGUGAGUAGCAGGCCCACCUCCAGGAUCUGAAUUGGAAUCUCAGAUUCUCUGGAUAAAGAAUCUGUCUCAAAUCAGGAGGUCCUCAUUCUGCGACUCCCAACCAGAGUGGAGUGGGCACAGACAGAAUGCCUUAUGCUUAUCUCUAGCACAUUCCAGUGGGUUCCAGGGCUCCUGCACCUGGAACCCCAUAUGUCCAAGCCAGUAUUAAAUUAUCUCGACACAUUUCACAGA